UAGAAAACGCUCGAAUCGAACAAGGAAGGCGUCCUCAUACUAUUGGACAUCUAAAACUGACAGUAAUCCUUUACGGUGAUUCACAUCCUAAAGGAUUAGAAAUUAGACAAAUUGCAGAACACGAUCAAUAUAAAGUUGAUUGUUUGGUAAUAAUGGGAACUUCUUUAAGAAUUCCUGGAGUAAAGGCUCUUAUAAAAGAAUUUGCUA